CUGGCUGAUGAACUGGAACAGAAGACUGCCGAGAACGAGAAGCUGGCCGAUGAACUGGAGCAGAAGACAGCUGAGAACGAAAAGCUGGCCGAUGAACUGGAACAGAAGACUGCCGAGAACGAGAAGCUGGCCGAUGAACUGGAGCAGAAGACUGCUGAGAACGAGAAGCUUGCAGCUGAGAAUGAGAGGCUUUUGGCGGAGAUCGAUAGACUGAAUGACGAGCUGCAACAGAAGAUGGCUGAAAUUGAGAGGCUCACUGCUGAGAACGAGAAACUGGCCGAUGAACUGGAACAGAAGACUGCUGAGAACGAGAAGCUGGCUGAUGAACUGGAGCAGAAGACAGCUGAGAACGAGAAACUUGCAGCUGAGAACGAAAAGCUGGCCGAUGAACUGGAGCAGAAGACUGCUGAGAACGAGAAGCUGGCCGAAGAACUGGAACAGAAGACUGCUGAGAACGAGAAACUUGCAGCUGAG